CUACUAUAUCCAAGUUCCAACCAACGUGUAAUGAAAAAUCACGACUCUUAACGGAUUAAAUCCAACUGGGAUUAGAGGAUAAUGUUUUGUCAAUGGAUAAGUGGAUAAUUUUUGUCAACGUAGUAAAUCAAAGUGGGAUUAAAGGAUAAAAUUUUGGUUAAUAUUUUGAAUUCAAAUUCAACUAUAACACAAACUCAAUUCGUAUUAUAUACUGUAGUUCACUAAACUCACUAAGUACAUACCUAUCGUCAUCCUUUGGUCUCUAUUGAACAUUUGAUCAAUCAAUUAAUUUGUUACCCAAUUCCAGAAAUGGCUAACGAAAAACCACCAGUUUGCGUCACCGGAGCCAACGGAUUCAUCGGUUCAUGGGUGGUCCAGACGCUCCUCAACCGUGGCUACACCACCAUCCACGCCGCCAUUUUCCCCGGUUCCGAUCCUUCUCAUCUCUACUCCCUCACCGGCGCGUGUAAUCCAAACGUGAAAAUUUCGGUCCACGAAGUCAAUAUCCUUGACGCCAAUGCCGUUUCUAAAGCAAUUGAAGGAUGCGGCGGUGGAGGUGUUUUCCACGUGGCGUCUCCGUGUACGUUGGAGGAUCCGGUGGACCCGCAGAAGGAGCUGCUAGAGCCGGCCGUAAAGGGUACGAUGAACGUGCUGACGGCGGCGAAGAAGUUUAAUGUUCGGCGCGUGGUGCUCACUUCGUCUAUAUCCGCGAUGGUGCCUAAUCCUGGUUGGCCGGGAAAUAAGGUGUUCGAUGAGUCGUCGUGGACUGAUCUUGACUACUGCAAGUCUCGCCAGAAAUGGUACCCAGUGUCAAAGACACUUGCUGAGAAGGCUGCAUGGGAAUUUGCUGAGAAGAAUGGAUUGGAUGUGGUAGCAAUUAAUCCAGCUACAUGUCUUGGUCGACUUCUCCAACCUGGACUGAAUGCAAGCUGCGCUGUUUUGCAACAACUGCUUCAGGGAUCAACAGAUACCCAAGAGUAUCAUUGGUUAGGGGCUGUGCACGUCAAAGAUGUCGCAAUGGCACAGGUUUUGUUAUUUGAGAACCCUCGUGCUUCUGGAAGACACCUAUGUACCAAUGGCAUUUACCAGUUUGGUGAUUUUGCUGAGACAGUCUCUAAACUUUUCCCUGAAUUUCGUGUCCACAGGUUCACAGGGGAAACCCAGCCAGGCUUGGUGGCAUGCAAAGAUGCAGCAAAAAAAUUGAUUGAUUUGGGACUAAUUUUCACCCCAGUUGAAGAUGCUGUUAAGGAUACAGUUGAUAGCCUUAAAGCCAAAGGCUUCCUCAAUUAAAUUAUCUUGAUCCCACUUGCUUACCCCUUUAGAAAUUCACAUGAUUCUCUUCUUUGCUUAGAUGGAUUCAUAAUAACCAUUAAAUGAAAUGAUUUAUAGCUGCCUUUUGGGUAAUUUAA